GGCAGUUCAAAUUCAGCAGUGUUGUCACAUGACUAUUACAUCCAUUACUGGCACUCUUAAAAUAUUUUGAUGUUCCCGAAACAUAAUUCUUUCAGAAGACACUGAAAGCAUGAAUCGAUUUCUGAAAAGGGUUAUAACUCUGAAGAGCAGGUAGGGACAACUCCGUCAGCAGCAUAUGGAUUUGUCUUCGUUACCACCCCUGCAGGGCCAGUUAUCGUUUGCCAAUAGUUCAGUGGAGUUUAGCGAUGGAUUUGGAGUCGGAGGGUUCAUAUCUGAGCGUGAACAUGUGAACGAAAGUGGUACAGAAACUAGAGCUUUCAACGUGAAUGAUGGAGAGGAAGCGGUGAAGUGUCUACGUCGAGCUUUCCAGAUUUUGCGCCCUGGUGACCAUGUCAGCAGAAAACCAUCGGAGAAUGGUGGCAGCAGUUUCGUCCACUGUAGGCACUCCGCUCAGUUGGGGCGGCCAUACAUCAGUCUCCGACACCACCUUGAGGAGCGGGCAAGAGUGGAACUCCUUCGUGACUGUUUGUAUCGACUCAAAACUAGUGCCUCGUUUGUACGUGAUCUUCAAAUACUUGUGGCUGAUGAAUAUAAAGAGAUUUACAAAAUAACGCAUGAUUGUGUUGACGAAAUUCCUGUAAGUAAGAUAUUUUGCCUCAAUGCCUUGUGUGAGGAUUUAAGAACGUUGGUUGGGCAUUGGAAGUGUAUCAAACAGAAACUGCACACAAAUCGCUGGCUUCAACCUGUGCUUGGUUCUAUGGUCUUUCAGUUGGAUCGUAUUCGUGUGAAUUUACUGAAGUUACAAGAAAAAGCCAUUUGGUGGCUUGAAAAGUUUGUGAUAGUUGGCCUGCAGGUUUUCGCUCAUGGAAAUGUGGAUGCCGUGACCCAUGAAAUGAUUUGGAAUAUAACUCGCGGAUUAGAGGAUUUUAAUAACAUCGUAAAUGGCAUUCAGACACCGUCACCUACCUCAAGACAUGGUUUACAAUCAACAAAUGUGCUCAGACUUUAUUCUCUUAGUGCCGAAUCUUCUAACUCAUUUGCAUGCUUAGGGGAGCAUGUGAAAGCUUUGCCAUUUACCAGGGUGCUCAGUAUUCUUGCUAAUGAACGAUCAAAAUAUGCCGCUCUCGAGACUCACAGAUUUUUCACAAAUAAUGGAGAGUUUGUGAAAUUAUUGUACUCAGGAAGACUUCCGAAUUAUAUAUGGACGGAAGAGUCUAGUCACACAAAUGAUAAGAUUGAAAAGGAGACCUCAGAUUAUCACACGGCGACGGGCAGUAUGACAUCACUAAGUGCAGCUAUACUGAAGGUCGGGAGCAUUCGUGCCCCUGAUCUUACAGACUCCGAUUCACCAUUGGUGGAGUUGGGUCGGAGAGAACAUAAUUUUGCGGAGAAUUUUCUCUAUGUUGUUUGUAGCUCAACAAAUUUGCUCCAGAAAAAAGAUAAUCAGCGUUCGCGACGAGCGGUUAAGUUAACUCAAAGUUUCUCAAGUGCCAAACCACCGAAAGGGGAUACUCCAGUCUUGUCCCGCAGCGAUUCUCUCCGGAAGUCUGUAUCCUGGGGUGAUUCUGCUGAUAGUUCAAUAAAGUCUCAACUUGUCUCAAGGUAUAUGGACCUAUACUGGAGUCACUUUGGUGCCAAUCUUCACACAAUGUUUUAUGAACCAUGCUGGAUCCGCAAGCAGUCUCUUUACUACUCCGACAUCGGCAGUGUAAUACCGCUCAACACAACCAUCAUCGCCGUUGUCAAACACAUGAUGCAGCAUGUUUGCCUCAAAGUGUGGGCUCCACCUGAGAAAGAAUCUGCUUCUAACCAACCAGGUCCUGUUGACUUUUAUCAACAUCUUAUAGACCCUCUAUACCCCAAUUUUGGGGUCCCUCUAUUUUUACCUGAACCCAAACCAGAUUUGUUUCCCCCCGGGAGUGUAACGCCCAUGUUGACUGCUGCGAAAAAGAGCAUGCAUAUUGCAGCCUUCGGAGCCUGGGACAAGUGUAUUUGUGAAGCCCUUGCAUCCCAGCGCUCAGACAAGUGUUACCCGUGCCCGCUGGUGGGUGGAGAUUACAGCACCAGGACUGGGAUGUUGCUGCGUGACACCUUCCAGCCAGUCCUAAACUUGCUGAGGGAGCAACUUGCCGAGAGCAUUGAGCCAUCACAAGGAGGUAUCCCAUCUUCAGUCAGUGAAAUGGCGAGUGUGUCUAUGAGGCUGGUGGUGACGUCCAGUGCAUCUCUGCAGUGGUGCCGUUACAAGACACACCAGUACCUUGCCAGCAUGGCGGUCGCCAACUUCCUCCUUAUCUCACAGACAGACCUCAAGAUGUUGGUAGACGAGACGCGAAGUUCCUUGUACCAGGUUCAAAUGGUCAUUAAGGCUCUUGGACAGCGAGAGGGUACAGAGAAUCUCAGUGUGAUAGCUGGCCAGCUCUCUAAUCUUAUGGACAGCCUACAGAGUCUUUCAUCUCUGUGCAUGAAGCAGUUUGCCAAGAACUGUACAAGCGCAGCCCAUGAUUACUUCAAGACCAAUAUGGCCACCGGGAAACAGUGGAGAAAGAAACCAGACAGUGGGGCAGUAUCCGGCCACAACAUCUACAUUGAGCAUGUGUUGGAGACAGUGCUGGAGCCAGUGUUAGAGGGGGUGGGGAAACUCAGACAAACUGUGCAGCUCACCGUUAUUUCCCAGGCUGUGGAGGCCCUCUGUCAGGCCUGGCUCAACUUUAUACUGCAGGAGAAGAUCAAGUUCAGUUACACCGGAGCCUGUCAGCUGGGUGUAGAUGCCCGCUAUAUGCGUACCUGGCUGAAGCGGAGUAUUGCCAUGGAAGCAGUUCAACAGAGUAUCCUUGAUUUGCCUGUGUUGAAAACACUGACCGGUGUGGUACUAUUACUCAUGAGGCAGCCAGAAAAACGCUCUGCAAGCAAGUUCCGUGGAGAACCAGAAAAUGAUGAAGACAGUGCACAUAUCCAAGGUGAACGAUCCGUCUACGAGAGUGAAGACUGUAUCAGUCAUGUGUCUAACCCCAACGACUGGCUUGCCCUACGGGUAAAUGGAGGAGGGCGUAGCUGGAGAAGUAUAUCAGGAUGCCUUAACCCUGAUCCACAGUGAAGUUUGAACCCUGAUCCAUAAUGAAUGAAAUGGGGGCUGUAACCAGAUCAAAUUGAUGGAUGUGAAUGAGGAAGAUGGACUCCAGCUCUCAUAACCCUUAUGCCUGGCUUGCAUGCCAUCCAGGUGAAUGGAUGGAGGGAGAGGAGCUAGAAAAGUAUUUCAAGAUGUCUUAGCUCUAAUCUACAGUGAACACAAUUUGUGUAGGGUGGCUAUGGAGGACUAGCUCAGGCUGAUUAAGGCUUAACCUGACCCUUAAUGUGUCUUGGACAGUGGAGGUGGGUUCAAGGAAUAACUAUCUCUGGAAUGUCUUCACCCCUGAUCCUUCUGAGAUUUGAUGGCUGCAUUUAUCCAAGAUCAUCCAACUUACCACUGCUUUACAUGGACUUAUUGACAUUUUGUGAAGCUGAGAUCACCACAAAACACAGUGAAACUGAUGUGUGUUACAGGGCUGACUUACAGCCCUACAUAUUUCGAAUUGAUGAAUUGAUGACUGUUGGUGGGGUAAAUGCUACGCAAGGCAAUCUUGAGAUAAAUUUUCAAACCAGAGAAUGAGAUUAUUUAUAGGUAGCACUUAAAAGCAGCUAUAUUUUUACACGUCUUUAUGAAAUAUCCACAGGUUGUUUUUUUGUUUUAUAACUGUUAUGUUUCAUUCAUAUUUGGUCCAAAUGAGAAAAUAUUGGGAAAGCCAACCAAAAGUCAUACAUGUGCAGAAACUGAGAAUAAGGCUUUCCAAGUUAAUGGUCAUGCACUUUGCCUUAGAUUUGGAUAAUAAAGUCUUUGAAAUGCUCAGUAGUCAGGGGCUCAUUUUUUUGAAAAUACUUUAUUUAGUAGGUUGAAAUCCCUUACACAAUUUAGCUGAAAAAUCUCAUUUAAACCUGAUUGCUGAAUAUUAACUUGAUUCUUACAAUUAUUUAUGAGGUAGUUUUGCUUAAAAAGUGUUGCCACUUUAAAAGGAGAUGCGAAGCAGUAGAUGAUAGAUCAUGAAAUAGCAAAAUUAACAUGUUCAUGAUUUAUACGUUAUGCAGCUAAAACAAGUUUAAUUAUCAUUCAAGAAAUCAGCCCCAGAUGUCUCAAUAACUGCUUGUGAGUUUGUGUCCUUUAAAAUUCUACAUACUUAUUCAAAUUUAAUGCUGUUGCCUUCAGUUACUCAAUCCUCCUGCUUAAGGAAGAUAAUUUUGCUUAAAUCAUUGUAGUCUCAUAAAUUUUUUGAACAUUAUGUCCUAAGAAAGUCAGAUAUGUGUAUAGAAAAAAUAAUUAUGAGGGCUACAUGUAAACUACAAUCUUACUUUGAACACCUUAGUCUGAUUGCAAAUACAUGGCUUAAGUUUUACUGAGACUGUGUAUACAUUUAAUCUGCAAUGUGCAUGCAUGUAUUUUGUUUUAAACUUUUUUACACAGGCCUUAAAAAAAAAAUUGUUUGGUUAGGGUUACAUCCUUUUCAAAAAUAG